ACCAUAAAGGUAUAAACGACAUGGAGCUGGGCACCCUGGAUCGGGCCUUCCAAGAGGUUGAAGGCGGCAACCCGGUGGAGGACAUCACCACCACCACCACUGUGGAGCUGGAAGAAAAGGUGGUGGACCCCCCUGCCAAGGACUACACGCAGAUCAAGCCAUAUGCCGGCAUGCCCAAGGAGGUGCUGCUGCUUUACUCCUCGCAGGCCUUCUACAGAGUCCCGCGGGAGAUCUUGUUCUGGCUAAUCAUGGCCUGCACGCUGACGCUGGUAGCCCUCACCAUCAGUGUGGUGGCGCUGUCGCCCCGCUGCCUCAGCUGGUGGCAGGUGUCCCCCGUUUACCAGGUGUACCCCCGCUCCUUUAGGGACUCCGACGGAGAUGGAGUGGGAGACCUCAAAGGCAUUCAGGAGAUGCUGGGCCAUUUCGAGUACCUGAACAUCAAGUCGGUGUGGAUCAAUCCCUUCUAUCGCUCUCCCAUGAGGGACUUAGGCUAUGACGUGGAAGAUUUCCGUGCCAUUGACCCGCUCUUUGGUACUAUGCAGGACUUUGAUGACCUCUUGGCUGAGAUGCACAAAUUAGGUUUGAAGCUGAUCAUGGACUUCAUUCCAAAUCACACCAGCGACAACCACCGUUGGUUUAACCUGAGUCGCACCAGAGAGCCACACUAUGAGGAUUUCUACGUCUGGGCUGAUUGCAAUGCCACAGGACCCAAGCCCAAUAACUGGGUGAGUGUAUUUGGGAACUCAUCAUGGACGUAUGAUGAAGUUCGAGGACAGUGUUACCUGCACCAGUUCAUCAAGAAGCAACCUGAACUGAACUUCAGAAACCCUCGGGUCCGCCAGGAGAUGCUUGAUAUCAUCCGUUUUUGGUUGGACAAGGGAGUGGAUGGCUUUCGCAUGGAUUCGGUGAAGCACCUGCUGGAGGCCGUGCACCUGAGGGAUGAGCCCCAGGUGGACCCGAACAAGCCUCCUGAGUUGGUGACUUCCGAGUGGGACCUCCACCACGACUUCACCACCACUCAGCUGGGCCUGCAUGACCUGCUAAGGGAGUGGAGAGCUCAAAUGGACGUCUUCAGCCGGGAACCUGGCAGAUACAGGUUGAUGGUGACCGAGUCGCAAGAUGGCCCAGAGGUGGAAAAGACCAUGAUGUACUACGGGACACCUCUGGUGAAAGAGAGUGACUUCCCCUUUAACUUUUAUCUCCGGGAUCUGCCUCAAAACACAAGCGGCGUGUGGGUCAAACAUCUGGUGAACCUCUGGAUGGCCAACAUGCCCACAGGACACUGGCCCAACUGGCUGGUCGGGAACCACAACAUGCCUCGUGUUGCUUCCAGGGCGGGUCAGCGCUAUACGCGGGUCAUCAAUAUGCUCCUGCUGACCCUUCCUGGUACGCCGACCACCUACUAUGGCGAGGAGAUUGGCAUGGAGAACGUCAACGUGACCGAGAGUCAAAUUCAGGACCCAGCUGGCAGAUACAAUGUGAGUGCCAGUCGAGAUCCUCAGCGUUCUCCAAUGCAGUGGAGUGCUGACUUGAAUGCAGGGUUCAACAACAAGACCAAUGUGACAUGGUUGCCCGUGCAUCCCAACUACAGCAGUGUCAAUGUGGAGGUCCAGAAGCAAGACGAAGGCUCUUUGCUGUCUCAGUACCGCCUCCUGAACACGCUGCGUCAGUCGGAACUGCCCCUCCAACGAGGCUGGUUCUGCUACAUCCAAGCUGACCGCGGCGUCUUCGCCUACCUGCGAGAGCUGGACGGGCUGGACUCCGCCUUCCUCCUGGUGCUCAACUUCGGCCAUGAGUCGGCAGUCACCGAUCUCUCGGCGGUCGUUGAGCUGCCUGAGCGGCUGCGGGUUCUGAUGAGCACGAACCGGGCCAACGACCGCAAAGUGGUCAACAAGUCUCUGAUCGCCACUGAGGCGGGAGAGGGUUUGAUGAUUGAGUUCUCCUCACAUGCUCGGUUUAACACCAACCACCCGGGGCUGUGCUAUAUCUCUGAAAAAGCCUGUUAUUUAGGUGCCAUAGACAUUCUCUAUACAUGCUAACAUGCAAAUCUUCCAUUGUAUCUCAUUAGAUGUGCAUGGCUCAAUAAGAAACUAUCAUUGCAGUCACA